UCGGUAAUUUAUGAUUUUUGAUAGCCUGCCUAACCCAAACCAAAGCUAGUUGUAGAAAGAACUACUUUGAACCAAGUCCUCUGUAACUGCUAGAAAGCUUAUCUCUGUUUUCCUUUAUUUAGAAAUUUACUCUCAUAAUUUCCAGUUUUUAAGCGAGACUGUCUCUCUGUGUCUGAUCAAAAUGAACGGUGCUGAUGCUUACGGUCUUGUGGAGGCGAAUUACAUACGGAGGCAUCAUAGGCAUGAGCCGACAGAGAAUCAGUGCACUUCAGCUCUUGUUAAGCAUAUCAGAGCUCCUGUUAAUCUUGUGUGGUCUUUAGUUAGGCGAUUUGAUCAGCCGCAGAGGUACAAGCCAUUUGUUAGUAGAUGUGUUGUGAAUGGGGACCUUGGUAUCGGAAGCGUUAGAGAAGUUAACGUUAGGUCCGGGCUUCCUGCUACAACCAGCACUGAAAGGCUGGAACUUCUUGAUGAUGAAGAGCACAUUCUUCAAAUCAAGAUUGUUGGUGGUGAUCACAGGCUGAGGAAUUAUUCUUCAAUCAUGACUGUCCAUCCGGAGAUUAUUGAUGGGAGACCUGGAACACUGGUGAUCGAGUCAUUUCUCGUGGACGUGCCAGAGGGAAACACCAGGGAUGAGACAUGUUAUUUCGUUCAGGCUUUGAUCAGGUGUAAUCUCAAAUCACUGGCCGAUGUCUCAGAGAGGAUGGCUGUGCAGGACCCAAUGAACCAACAAAACCGAUUCUGAUGAAGCAUGUUGAUUAAAGUGGUGUAUAAAUUUAUGGUUCUAGCUUCCAAAAGGUCUUUAGAGAUUGGUAGGAGUUGCCCAACCUUCUUCUCAGAAGUUUUGAACACAGUGGUGGCUUUGCCUUUGGCUUUCCUUUUCCAUCACCUCUUCUACUCUUACUGCUUGCUUUUACAUGUAUUUGUUUUUCUAUCUCAACACUUUACCCUGGCCCUGCUUUAGUACCAAAAGUAUAGGUUCUUUUGGCGAGUUUCCCUGAAUGGAAAAGGUUGAGUUAAAGUCACUUCUUUGUUUUACUGGGUUUUUGCGUGGUGGCAUGCUACUAUGGUCGUAUCUGUAAAUAUUUAUGUAACAAAUACUAGUUGCCUUUGCGAUACUGGUUUGCAUGUUGUAGUUUCACCGUCUAUGUGCAGGAAGAUUCAGUAGAGAACCUCUUCAGUAGCAGUACAAUUUGGUUGCUUGUUUUUUGGUA